AUGAGCGCCGACAACAACACAUCCCCCGCCGGUCCCAGCGGAUCAACACCCGCCGAGCGCGACCUCGUGUCCAUCUCCACCCCGGAGCUCCAGGCCGCACUCGAGCCCGUGUCCGUACCCACCCGCUCGCCGCUGGCCGGGUUCACCAACUGGGCACGCACGUUUGAGUGCCGUCCCCAGCGGGUGUUUGCGCCUACCACCAACGAGCAGUGUCGGCAGAUUGUCGAGCUGGCACGCCGUGAGGGUGCUACGGUCCACCCGGUGGGCGUGGGCCACUCACCAUCCGACUUGGCGUGCACGAAUGGAUGGCUUGUGCGGAUGGAGGGGCUCAAGGGAGCUCUCGAGAUCUCGCACGAGAAGAUGACGGCCACGUUUGCCGCGGGCACCACUCUGCAUGCCGUGCACGCGGCGCUGGGCGCUGCCAACCCGCCGUUGGCACUCCGCAACAUUGGCUCGAUCAGUGACCAGACCAUUGGCGGUCUCAUUUCGACGGCCACGCACGGCUCGGGUGUCGACUACCCCGUCAUCUCAGAGGACGUGCAGAGCCUCGAUAUUGUUCUGCCCCUCGAAGGCGCGCCGGUCGUGCACACCACGCGUACCGAGGACGAGCAGCUGUUCGCCGCCUCGCAGUGCGGCCUGGGAGCCACCGGUCUCCUGCUGACCGUGGAGAUCCGUGUCGAGCACGCAUACCGCCUCGAGGAGCACAAGGACUCGUACACUGUCGACGAGGUGCUGGAAAACCUCGACGAAAUCAAGAAGAGCGCCCAGCACGUCCGUGUCUGGUGGUACCCGGGCAACGGCAUGGUUGUCGCCCGCGCCAACAGGACCUACCUCCCAGCUCAGCCCCAAAGCGACCGCAUGGGCCACUUCCUCGGCUACCACGUCACGCAGUUCCUGCUGUUUGUCUCGCGCUACGUGCGCUCGUUCACGCCCUACGUGGGCAAGUGGGCAUGGUCGCUCGCCAAGCCCAGCAGCGUCGUCGUCGACGACUCGCACAAGGUCUUCAACUUUGACUGCCUGUUCCCACAAUACACCUCCGAGUGGGCGCUGGACGCUGCUCAAGCCCGCGAGUGCCUCGAGGCGCUGCGCGAGUACAUCGAUACCGAAGCACGGGACCCCAACGGCGUCCGCGUCCACUUCCCCGUCGAGAUCCGCUGGAGUGCCGCAGACGACAUCCCCCUCUCGCCCAGCUACGGCCGCGAGACGUGCUGGAUCGGCGUCGUCACCUACAGGCCUUACGGCUUGCCGGUCCCGUACCGCAAGUACCAGGGACGCUUUGCUGAGAUCUGCGCCGAGCACGGCGGCCGCCCACACUGGGCAAAGGAGCACUCGCUCACACCCAAGGGCAUCGAGGCGCUCUACCCGCGGUACGUCGACUUCAAGUCGACCCUCCAGCGCGUCGACCCCAACGGCGUCAUGCGCUCAGAGUACACCCGCCGUCACAUUGAUGGCGAGGACGUCGCCACGCGUAUCUUCAAGCGCAGGCCUUGA